AUGAGCACGACCCAGCACGACAACAGCAUCGAUGAGGAUGCCCCAGGACCGCCCAUCUCGGUUCCGGAUUCAGGGGACACAGGCGAGGGCGGAAAGCUGAAGAUGAUCGUCCAGCUCGUGAAGAAGUGUCUUGGUGUAAAGGACAUCGCUACAAUGCGAUUGUCCCUGCCGGCUUCGUUGCUGGAGCCCAUGCCCAAUCUGGAGUACUGGCACUAUCUGGAUAGGCCCGACAUCUUUUGCACGAUCAAUGAUUCCGACGAUCCUUUUAUGAGGAUGAUCUCGGUGUUACGAUUUACAUUUACGAAAGAUAUCAAGUUCAUACACGGCAAAGUCUGCAAGCCGUACAACUCGGUGCUGGGCGAGCAUUUCCGGGCGCAUUGGGAUGUUGAACCUAACCCGUACAGACUAGACGAUGGGGAAGGGAACAGCAACAGAGACUCCAUCGGCGAAGCCUUGGCGUCGGAAACGGGCAGCGUGAAGAGCGGCAAGAGCUCGAAGAGUACUACGAGUGGGAUCAGUGCUUUUUCGAAACAUAAGAGUCCCUCCACUGCUCCCACUUCGCCGCACCAUCCUGCCGCUGGCGGUGGCGCCGAUACCGAUAACCUCACAGCACAGGUGUCCAGCCUCAGCCUUGGGGGCAAUAAUGCCAGCACCCCCGGAGGCACGGCGCCCGUCCGCGUGGUUUUCCUGACCGAGCAAGUAUCCCACCACCCGCCUGUCUCUGCGUACUUCGCCACCUGCCCGAGCCGGUCGAUAGAGAUGUCCGGUAUCGAUCAGAUAUCAGCAAAGGUCUCUGGGACGACCCUGCGCGUUUCGCCUGGUCAGUAUAACCAGGGCAUAUUCAUCCAUUUGACGGGAGGCCCCGGCGAGGGCGAGAAAUACCAUAUUACGCACCCUGUUGCGUCGGUUAAUGGGAUUUUGAGGGGCAGCUUUUAUGUCACUGUUGGCGAGUCGACGAUUAUUACGUGUGAAGGCGGUAAGCCUGGACAUAAAUUUAGGACGAUUAUCGAGUACAAGGAAGAGUCCUGGCUUGGCCGCGCGCAUUUCCUCGUCGAAGGCGUCAUCCACACCGUGUUCGACUCUGACACGACCCACUGCGCAGAAUGGACCAAAGUGAAGCACGUCCCGCAGAACCGCGUCGUCGCUGUGUUCGACGGGUCCUGGCGGGGCAAGAUCCGGUGGAAGCGCGUCGGGACGGGGUCGUACCCCAACCCAGAGCACAACCACACAGGAGUGACGCGUUCCACCGCGUCGUCGCCCAACCCGUCCCAUGCGAAACUGCCCAUGCCGAAUAUUCCUGCGGCGUCGGUGUCCAAGGCGGACGUUGCGUCGUAUUAUUUGUCGGGGAAGAGGAGCUCUGGUUCUGGUUCUGGUUCCGGAUCGAGUUCGAAGUCGUCGUCGGUGGCAGCUGAGGAUGAGUGGAUGCAGCUUAUGGACCUGUCUACGCUCUUUGUGGUGCCGAAGACGGUGCGGCCGUUGGAGAGGCAGCAUUCGCGGGAGAGCAGGAAGCUUUGGGAGAAUGUGACGGACAAGCUGAUGAAGAAGGAGUUUUCGGAGGCGACUAAGGAGAAGGUGGCUAUUGAGCAGAGACAGCGUGAUGAGGCUGCUGAGCGGAAGAAGAAGGGUAUCCAGUUUGUCCCGAGGUACUUUGAGAAUGACUUGGAGCGAGGAUACGCAGUUUUGACUGAAGACGGGAAAGUUGCUGUGGAAGAGGAGAUGAAGGAGGACACUCCUCAGUGCAUUGAAGGUAUUGAUGUCAACGCGCAGCUGUCGAGUUGA